GAAACGACGCCGCGGCGGCGCGGCGGGGCCGCGGGGCUCGAAAGAUGAAGUCCUCAAUACAUUCUGAAGAGGAUGAUUUUGUUCCAGAGCUACAUAGAAAUGUUCACCCCCGAGAGCGGCCUGAUUGGGAGGAAACACUCAGCGCAAUGGCAAGAGGAGCAGAUGUCCCCGAGAUCCCUGGAGACCUCACUCUUAAGUCCUGUGGCAGUACAGCGAGCAUGAAGGUUAAGCAUGUGAAGAAGUCCACCCCUCCUGGACUGAUGGGCUGUGACAACAUUCACAGGUUACCCUUCACAAAGGGACACUUUCCAAAGAUGGCUGAAUGUGCACAUUUUCAUUAUGAGAACGUGGAGUUUGGCAGCAUACAGCUUUCACUAUCAGAAGAACAGAAUGAAGUAAUGAAAAAUGGCUGUGAAUCUAAAGAGCUGGUCUACCUCGUGCAGAUUGCCUGUCAGGGCAAGAGUUGGAUUGUUAAAAGAAGUUAUGAAGAUUUUCGGGUACUCGACAAACAUCUUCAUCUCUGCAUUUAUGACCGCCGAUUCUCCCAGCUCGCAGAGCUUCCCCGCUCUGACGUCCUGAGGGACAGUCCUGAGUCCGUUACUCAGAUGCUUGCAGCUUACCUGUCACGCCUUUCAACUAUCGCUGGCAACAAGAUCAACUGUGGGCCUGCCCUUACCUGGAUGGAGAUCGACAAUAAGGGAAACCAUCUUCUAGUUCACGAGGAGUCAUCCAUCAACACUCCUGCUGUCGGUGCUGCCCAUGUUAUCAAGCGCUACACAGCUCGGGCCCCUGAUGAACUGACAUUAGAGGUGGGAGACAUCGUUUCUGUUAUUGACAUGCCUCCCAAAGUAUUAAGUACAUGGUGGAGAGGCAAGCAUGGAUUUCAGGUGGGACUCUUCCCUGGUCAUUGUGUCGAGUUAAUUAACCAGAAAGUUCCUCAGUCAGUGACCAACUCAGUGCCAAAACCAGUGUCUAAAAAGCACGGCAAGCUCAUUACUUUCUUGCGAACAUUCAUGAAGUCUCGCCCAACAAAACAGAAGCUAAAGCAGCGGGGCAUCUUGAAAGAGAGAGUAUUCGGUUGUGACUUGGGGGAGCACCUCCUCAACUCUGGGUUUGAAGUGCCUCAGGUUCUUCAAAGCUGCACAGCGUUCAUCGAGAGGUAUGGCAUUGUGGAUGGGAUAUAUCGUCUCUCUGGCGUUGCCUCCAAUAUCCAGAGACUUCGUCAUGAAUUUGAUUCUGAGCAUGUCCCCGACCUGACAAAAGAACCUUAUGUUCAAGACAUCCAUUCUGUGGGCUCCCUCUGUAAGCUGUACUUCCGAGAACUCCCAAACCCUCUGCUCACCUACCAGCUAUACGAGAAGUUCUCUGAUGCUGUUUCAGCAGCAACGGACGAAGAACGGUUGAUGAAAAUCCAUGAUGUCAUCCAGCAACUCCCCCCACCACACUAUAGAACCCUGGAGUUCCUGAUGAGACAUCUGUCUCUUCUAGCAGACUAUUGCUCCAUCACAAAUAUGCAUGCGAAAAACCUUGCCAUUGUGUGGGCACCAAAUCUGCUGAGAUCAAAGCAGAUAGAGUCAGCUUGCUUCAGUGGGACAGCAGCUUUCAUGGAAGUGAGGAUUCAGUCUGUGGUUGUUGAAUUCAUUCUCAAUCAUGUGGAUGUGCUCUUCAGUGGCAAAAUCAGCGCUGUCAUGCAGGAAGGAGCAGCUUCUUUGUCAAGGCCCAAGUCCCUGCUGGUCUCGUCUCCAUCUACCAAGCUGCUGACAUUGGAGGAAGCCCAGGCAAGGACGCAGGCGCAGGUCAGUUCUCCUAUUGUGACGGAAAAUAAGUACAUCGAAGUCGGAGAAGGGCCUGCUGCGCUGCAAGGGAAGUUUCACACCGUCAUUGAGUUCCCACUUGAAAGAAAGAGGCCUCAAAAUAAGAUGAAAAAAUCUCCUGUUGGCAGCUGGCGUUCCUUUUUCAAUUUGGGGAAGUCCUCUUCUGUCUCCAAACGCAAGUUGCAGCGUAAUGAGAGUGAGCCCUCAGAAAUGAAAGCCAUGGCUUUGAAAGGUGGCAGGGCAGAAGGAACCCUCCGCUCAGCUAAAAGUGAAGAGUCCCUUACUUCUCUCCAUGCAGUUGAUGGUGAUUCCAAGUUGUUCCGACCUAGAAGACCCAGAUCCAGCAGCGAUGCGCUCUCUGCCUCUUUCAAUGGCGACGUGCUGGGGAACCGGUGCAACUCCUAUGACAAUCUGCCCCACGACAACGAGAGUGAAGAAGAAGUGGGGCUGCUCCACAUUCCAGCUCUUGUGUCUCCUCAUUCGGCUGAGGAUGUUGACUUGAGUCCACCAGACAUCGGAGUGGCCAGUCUGGACUUCGAUCCCAUGUCAUUUCAAUGUAGUCCUCCGAAAGCUGAGUCAGAGUGUCUGGAGAGUGGUGCUUCCUUUCUGGAUUCAUUAGGGUAUACCAGGGAUAAACUGAGUCCCAGUAAGAAGGAUGCAGAAGCAGGUGGUAGCCAGUCACAGACUCCAGGAAGCACCGCAAGUUCCGAACCUGUAUCUCCAGUCCAGGAGAAACUGAGUCCGUUUUUCACCCUGGACUUGAGCCCCACUGAUGACAAGUCUUCUAAGCCAUCUUCAUUUACAGAAAAGGUUGUUUAUGCUUUCUCUCCGAAGAUUGGGCGGAAGCUAAGCAAAUCUCCUUCCAUGAACAUAUCUGAGCCUAUUUCAGUGACUCUCCCACCUCGGGUAUCAGAAGUCAUCGGUACUGUCUCCAAUACUGUAGCUCAGAAUGCAUCACCUACAUCUUGGGACAAAAGUGUGGAAGAAAGAGAUGUCAUAAAUAGAUCCCCCACCCAGCUACAGCUAGGAAAGAUGAAAGCAGGUGAGAGAGAGGCACAGGAGACCUGUGAACCAGAAGCACAGCCCCUGGAACAGGGGGCAGCUGAAGAAGUAGAGUUGCCAGGGACAGAGGAGCGGCCUGUCCUGAGCAGUCAGAGCAAGGCUGUACCUUCUGGACAGAGUCAGACAGGAGCAGUUACCCAUGACCCCCCUCAGGAUCCCGUUCCUGUCAGUUCAGUCUCUCUUAUCCCACCACCACCGCCUCCGAAAAAUGUCGCCCGAAUGUUGGCACUAGCGUUAGCUGAGUCUGCACAGCAAGCCUCAAGUCAGACACUGAAGAGACCAGGGGCUUCCCAGGCUGGGUGCACUAGUUAUGGAGACACGGCAGUCGUUCCAUCUGAAGAGAAGCUGCCUAGUUCCUACUCUAGCCUUACUCUAGAUAAAACCUGUUUCCAAACCGACCGGCCAGCAGAGCAGUGCCACCCGCAGAUCAAUGGACUCGGAAACUGUAACCAGCCCCUCCCUGAGACAGCAGCUAUGGGAGGUCCCAGCCAGUCCAACACAACUGACUCUGGGGAGCAACUCCAGCAAGUAGACUUAAUAGGGAAUUCGCUACAUCGAAACCAUUUAUGUGGGGAUCCAGAAAAGGCUAGAAGCACUUCAGCUCCCUUAACAGACUCAGAGAAGUCUGAUGGUCAUGGAAGUUUCCCUGAAGACCACGCUGGGAAGAGCAGCGUGUCCACUGUCUCCUUUUUGGAGCAGGACCAGUCUCCACUCCAUUUCUCAUGUGGAGAUCAGCCCCUCUCUUAUCUUGGUACCAGUAUGGAUAAACCCCAUCAUUCCUCAGAGCUUACAGACAAAUCUCCCAUGCCUUCUACUUUGCCUAGGGACAAAGCCCACCACCCUCUCUCUGGGUCCCCUGAAGAGAAUUCCAGCCCAGCCACCAUGGCUUACAUGAUGGCAACUCCAGCAAGAGCGGAACCGAGCAACAGUGAGGCCAGCAGGGUCCUGGCUGAGCAGCCCCCAGCUGCUGAUUUUGUGGCUGCCACCCUUCAGCGCACGCACAGAACUAAUCGGCCCCUCCCUCCACCUCCUUCCCAGAGGCCUGCAGAGCAGCCACCAGUUGUGGGGCAGGUACAAGAAGCACCAAGUAUAGGAUUAAAUAAUUCCCAUAAGGUCCAGGGAGCGGCUCCAGCUCCAGAGAGGCCACCUGAGUCUCGAGCCAUGGGUGAUCCCGUACCCAUCUUCGUCAGUGAUGGCAGUGCUGCUGCCCAGUGUCCCAUGGCUGCCUCUGCUCCUCAACCGGGACUGCCUGAGAAGGUUCGGGAAAGCAGCAGGGCUCCACCACUCCACCUGCGUGCUGAGUCUUUUCCUGGCCAUUCCUGUGGCUUUGCUGCCCCAGUUCCCCCAACACGGACAAUGGAGAGCAAGAUGGCUGCUGCCUUGCACUCCAGCGCUGCAGACGCCACCAGCAGUUCAAAUUACCACUCCUUUGUCCCUUCGUCAGCCUCAGUAGAUGAUGUGAUGCCCAUGCCACUCCCCGUCUCACAGCCUAAGCAUGCUUCUCAGAAGAUAGCCUAUUCCUCCUUUGCUAGGCCUGAUGUCACCACAGAGUCCUUUGGUCCAGAAAACUGUUUGCAUUUCAAUAUGACUCCAAACUGCCAGUUUCGCCCCCAGAGUGUUCCUCCACACCACAAUAAGUUGGAGCCACAUCAGGUAUAUGGUGCCCGGUCAGAGCCACCAGCCUCCAUGGGUCCUCGUUAUAACACCUAUGUGGCGCCGGGAAGAAACCUGUCUGGACACCACUCCAAGCCCUGUAGCCGGGUUGAGUAUGUCUCUUCUCUGGGCUCCUCGGUUAGGAAUCCUUGUUGCCCUGAAGACAUUCUACCUUACCCUACCAUCCGGAGGGUACAGUCCCUCCAUGCACCCCCACCUUCCAUGAUCCGCUCUGUUCCCAUUUCACGGACAGAAGUUCCCCCAGAUGAUGAACCAGCCUACUGCCCAAGACCAGUCUACCAGUAUAAGCCAUACCAGUCCUCCCAGGCCCGCUCAGACUAUCACGUGACUCAGCUUCAGCCUUACUUUGAGAAUGGACGGGUCCAUUACCGCUAUAGUCCAUACUCCAGCUCCUCCAGCUCCUAUUACAGUCCUGAGGGGGCCUUGUGUGAUGUCGAUGCCUAUGGCACAGUCCAGCUGCGGCCCCUCCACCGCCUGUCCAAUCGGGACUUUGCUUUCUACAAUCCAAGGCUACAAGGAAAGAACAUGUACAACUAUGCUGGUUUGCCUCCACGCCCACGGGCCAAUGCAACUGGCUAUUUCUCUGGUAAUGACCACAAUGUAGUCACUAUGCCCCCCACUGCUGACGGAAAGCACACCUACACCUCAUGGGACCUUGAGGACAUGGAAAAAUACCGCAUGCAGUCCAUCCGCCGAGAGAGCCGAGCACGGCAGAAGGUAAAAGGGCCUAUCAUGUCGCAGUAUGACAACAUGACGCCAGCUGUGCAAGACGACUUGGGAGGGAUCUAUGUCAUCCAUCUGCGCAGCAAAUCAGAUCCUGGGAAAACUGGACUUCUCUCUGUGGCAGAGGGGAAAGAGGGACGGCACCCAGCCAAGGCUGUCAGUCCUGAGGGGGACGAGCGUUUCUACAGGAAGCACCCAGAGUCCGAAUUUGACAGAGCCCACCAUCACGGAGGGUACGGCAGCACACAGGCAGAAAAGCCAUCCCUCCCGCAGAAGCAAAGCAGCCUUAGGAACAGAAAGCUUCACGAUAUGGGUUGUAGCCUCCCAGAGCACAGGGCGCAUCAGGAAGCAAGCCAUAGGCAAUUAUGUGAAUCAAAAAAUGGACCACCUUAUCCCCAGGGAGCUGGCCAGUUAGACUAUGGGUCCAAAGGGAUGCCAGACACUUCUGAGCCAAGCAACUACCAUAACUCUGGGAAAUACAUGACAUCAGGGCAGGAGUCUCUAAGACUGAACCACAAGGAAGUGAGGCUUCCCAAAGAUCUGGACAGACCUCGAGCCAGGCAGCCACCUGCCCCUGAGAAACACUCCAGAGACUGCUACAAGGAGGAGGAACACUUCUCUCAGUCUAUGGUCCCACCUCCCAAACCAGAGAGGAGUCACAGCCUAAAACUCCAUCAUACCCAGAACCUGGAGAGGGACCCCAGCGUGCUAUACCAGUAUCAGACACACAGCAAGCGCCAGAGCAGCAUGACUGUCGUGUCCCAGUAUGAUAACCUGGAGGAUUACCACUCCCUGCCCCAGCACCAGCGAGGAGGCUUUGGAGGGGCGGGCAUGGGGGCCUACGUGCCCUCUGGCUUUGUCCAUCCACAGAGCAGGACAUACGCCACAGCAUUGGGUCAGGGGGCCUUCCUGCCCACAGAGUUGUCCUUGCCACAUCCUGACACACAGAUCCAUGCAGAAUGAGCCCCGGGAGCAAUAGAGUUGAAGCAGCCUCUGCUGGACAGUGGACUGUUCUAUUUUUUUUCCAAUAACCAAAAAGAUUUAAGAAAAAAAAAAGCUACAAACCCCUUGGCCACAUGAAAGAAAUAUAAUAAAAGUAAAUCACCACCUUCCCUCCCACUCAUUACCGCCUCAUCCAUCACAGGCUGUGCUGUUUGUCCUUACAGAGAUCCGGAUGGUUGUAAAGUGCUGUGCUGAAAGCCUAGUAAAGACGUUCUCGCCAGCCGGCCGCAGACCCUACUUGCUCUAUAGGGCUGAUCUCUAGGACCCCAAGGACUGCCGUUAACCCACUGAAUUUAACUCUGCCCUUCCUUCUUAGCACUUGCAACCUAGCUCAGAGCAGUUUGCCUCUAUUUCCUGGUGGGCUUCCGCAUUUCUUGUUGUGUUCCCACUCCCCUGUCCAGGGCCAUCUACCCUGCCCAGGUGGACUCUCCACUCUUUUCUGCUUUCAUUAUCCCUGUCCACAAAGGAGCCUAGUAUUCUAAAUUAGAGAGGAGAAAAACUCCCUGAUCCUUGAGCUACGUCACUUAGACAGCUAGUGGAUUAAAAGGUAAAGGAAUUAGGAUUUUCAGCAUAUUUAGUGCCACAUCACUCUAAGUAGCAGGUCCAAUGUGAGCCAUAUUCCGCACUGUCAAUAAUUGUUCUCUUUACAGGGUGGGAGCUCCUAAGGAGCUUUCUUUGAAAGAUGAAGUUCAUAUGUAUUGUCAGUGAACUCUGCUAACAUAGAGCAUCAGUAGUGCUACCAGCCUGCGUGGCCCACAACAAGAUCAGCACACUUUAGUGCCAGUAAACAGUCAUCCACAGUGUUCUCCUUAAGAGAGGACCAUCAUGGUCUAGCUGCAGAAAUCAAUUUUCUUAGGGAUAGAAAUGUACACACUAUUAUGUUUCUGACCUAGAGUACAGAUCCCCUGGGAAUUUGUAAGAUCCCUAGAAGUUGUCUGUUAGGCAACUGUACAUUGUUCGUUGUUCCUCAGUACACAGUCCGUCUCAUCCACUGGCAUUCUGGGAGUCACGUGAUUUGGCUCCCCUCAUUGUGUGGUCACAGGCUUGCUGCAUUUGUCACCGACACCAGCAUUUCAGAAUGGUUCUUUCUAACUCUCUAGACAUGUUAAACAUGUGAAUACCCAGGACUUUGUUUUGGAAGUUGCAUUCCGUAUUGGGUUUGGGAUGUGGCACCUCUCUGGCCCAGCUUCCCUCUGGUUUUCUUGGCCCAUCUCACCCUAGACAGUGGAGACUGGUAAGGCAGUCCUGUGUUUAGAUCGAGUUAGAUUGGCAUUUCAUUCCAUAAAUCAUGAUGAUACUUGAGUUUUGUACAUUUGUAUCUUUUAAGUACUCUGUAGGAGACACAGGAGAUUGCAUUCCAUUUACUGGAUGGUUGCUGCUCUGGCUUUUUAGGAUUAGAUUAUCUUUUAUUUAGAGCAAAGGAAGAAAUCUUUCAAGAGGCUAACGUCCUGCUGCUGUGACUGCUGUGAAUUUGUGAAAGAUUAGGUUUAUGGCAGUCUUUGUAAUUAAAUCAUAGAGUUACGUUUUAAGGCUAUAUAUUUAGAAUUAAAGUUUUAAGAACACGUUCAUAUUUGGAGAUAGUCUACAAGGUUUUCUUUAUUUCCCAGAUUGACCAGAGAGUUACAAUGAAGUCCAAAGCAGAUAUCUGGAAGCACCAAUACAUGCAAAGGUCUGUGAGAACUUGGGCAUCUGCAUUAAAAGUGCAGACCUGACUAUCAGAGUGUCCAGAACCCUGAUGGGUGCCUCCACCUGGCAUACAGAUGUGUAGAUGUGUUGGCAGACACCUUUUUUUAUUUUUUGUAGCCUUAGUCAUCUUUUUUUGUCAAGGAGGCAACUCAUUGGCCUCUUGAAGACCACACCAGCCCUGAACACUAUCCUUAGCAGCACAGAUGGAGGGAUAGAGGCCAGUGCCACAGUUAGUGAAACAAGUCGCUUCCGUAACGUCAGGCCUUGCCUGAAGAGAAGUGCUACAAGGUCCAGGCCAAUUUUGAUAUUUGUGGAUUAGUUUGUCACACGUAGUGUUUGCUCCUGAAACUAAAGUCUCUUUUAUAAAUACUAAGGUUGAUUCCUUAGAACAACUUCUUUAUUAAUAACAUCCUUUGGGUUCCGAAAUGUCAGAAAAAAUAUUUUAAAGAUAGAAUCAUAAUUCAGAUUAUUGGUAUAAUUAUGAAAACAAACUUUAGAUAAAGUCUAAAGUGAUUUACUGUAUGUAGCACCAGCCUUAACUUUGGAUUCAGCUAUUGAACAGCUUUGCCCACAUGUUUCUCUAAUUCUGUGGGGGCAGAAAUCGGAUGGCAAAUCACUGUGAGCCAGGUUACCUCAGUGUCGUCCGCCUCGUGUGUGACCUCACAAACACAGGAACUGAAUGUUAUUUUCAAGUGUUGGCAUGGAGCGUUAUGGUCAUGGAAGUGGAACUGCCUUACACAUUAAACAUAAUCUCACCCCACUAGAACUUUUUCAGCCAUGUCUCCAGAUUUUAGCUUUUGGGCGAAAUUCCACGGUUUGGUUAGAUUGAAGUAGAUGUUCCUAGAUAGCAGUCUAGGAGCUCAGCUAGAAGCUCCAGGGGCAUCCAUCAUGUUCUUACUAUUACUAAUAAAUCUAAUCUGAGCCUUAUUUCUUACUGAGUUCAGUUUCUUUUAAAACAUACAUUUAUGUAUUUUAAAUGCUGUUUGGAGAAGUCCCUGAGACAGUCCCAAGGGCAGGGCCUGCACAUUUCUUACAAUGGUAAAACAGUUUUUAAAAUGUAGGAUCAGGUUUUAAAAAAAAAAAAAAAUCC